AUGCUCACCUUUUGCCCGACGUGCGCGAAUCUGUUGCUCCUCGAGCGCGGCGCCGCGGACGCGUCGACGUCCGGCGCCGGCGCGGGCGUCGGCGGCGCCGUCCGGCUGCGCUGCGCGUCGUGCCCGUACGCGUACGACGUCGUCGACGGCGUGAAACAGCGCGUGGACGCGCGAAAGAAGACCGUGGACGACGUCUUGGGCGGCGACGACGCGUGGCGAAACGUGGAUAAGACGUCGGCGACGUGCCCGGGGUGCGCGCACGACGAGGCGUACUUUAUGCAGAUACAAAUCAGGAGCGCGGACGAGCCGAUGUCGGUGUUUUACAAGUGCGUCAAGUGCGCGAGGCAGUGGCGCGAGGGAUGA